CGAAAUUUGGAGAGGGUCUGUCAGUCUAAGUCAUUGAAUUCUAGAAAUAUCGGUUGAUUAAUCUAAAGUUGGAUUUUUUUUCCAAAAGAAUCUGAAUUUAAUUCAACUAAUUUAUUUUUUUCCCAGUUAUCAUUGAUCGGCACCGAUGGUUAUUUGAUUCUAGGGUGAAAAAGGCGGAAAAUCGUUUGGGCGAGAAAUGUACGUGAGCGGCGGAGGUCCUGUGCGGAAGUCUUUCAAGGACUCGCUCAAAGUUCUAGAGGCCGAUAUUCAGCAUGCAAAUACUCUGGCAUCCGAGUUUUCCCAAGAGUAUGAUGGGGCUUGCCUGCAAAUGAGAAUAUCAUACAGCCCAGCUGCCCAUUUUUUCCUCUUUCUUGUUCAGUGGACUGAUUGCCACCUGGCAGGUGCUCUUGGGCUGUUAAGAAUUCUAAUUUAUAAGGUCUAUGUUGAUGGCACCACAACUAUGUCGACUCAUGAGAGAAAAGCCAGCAUUCGAGAAUUCUAUGCUGUUUCUCUUUUGCUCCUUUCUCAUUUGCUCCAAUCUCUUCCUUUUGUUCCUUUUGUUUUGAGCCUUUUUUGUGUUUCUCUUACCAUUGCUGUUAUUUAUCCGUCUCUAAUGCAACUUGAAAGAGGUGUCACGGAUAGCGAGGAUAAAAAGCAGAAAGCUGUAUGCUUAGAGAGAUACAGAAGAAGGGAUGAAGAAGAACACAGGCAAUGCUCGGAGGUAGACAUGGAGAGGGAAGAAGAAUGUGGGAUUUGCAUGGAGAUGAACAGCAAAACAGUCCUGCCAAACUGUAACCAUGCCAUGUGCUUAAAAUGCUAUAGAGAAUGGUAAAUCUCCCAUUAUUGUGAUUUCCUAAUCGUGUUUUCCCAGUGUUUUCAUGCAAUUAGAUAUUUUCAAUUAUGUUAUAUUUAUAUUGAGUACUCACACACGUAUAUAUCCUUUAUGCAGAAUUUGUUGACAUAUGGUUCUGUGUGUGCAUGUGAUGAUUAAAUUGAAAACUUCAAAUUUUGUCGUAUGGUUUAUUCUGCUCUGUGAGAUAAAAGUGAUUGUGGACAAAACUAAUAGAAGGAGGAGCUUAGUAGAUGCUAGAUGAAGGUUUCAUUCUUUGAUCUCCC